GUCAAAAAAAAAACACAGUAGUAGUAGAAGAAGAAGAAAAAGAAGAAGUAGAGUGUGAGUGUGGAAGAGAGAGAAUAUGAAAAAAAAGGUUCACUUGGGAAAAAAAUUUAUAUGUUCAAUCUCACAAAAGUCCAAAUCAAUUUUUGCAAUUUUCUGCAUUUUAAAUUGUAUUUUGUCGCGUUAAAUAAUCAUAAUAAUAUUUGGAAAUAAAUUCUGUGUGUGUUGAGUGUAAUUGCGCCGAAAAAAACACAUCAACUUGUUAAAUAAAUUGCAUUAAAAUAAGCUGCGACAAAACAUAAACAUAAUCCAAAUGCAACCAAAAUGGAUAACAAGAGUGCACAAUUGGAAUUUAAGUUGCUGGCUGACCGCACUUUAGGAGUUCUCCAACAUUUAGGUGGCGCCCAACGCGGCGAAGCAAUUAAUUAUUUUAUCGAAUCUCUACGUUUAAAAUAUCCCGAAUCACAUGAACAAGUUCGUUUACAUUUUUGUAGAAAUCCCAUUGCAGCAAAUAACUCAAUUAAAAAAGAAGAAAUUAAUUUGUAUAAUAUAAAAAAGGAGGAAGGCGGCGCAUCAAAUAGUGUUGGCAGUGUAAGUGGUGUAACACGCAGCGCCAUCGAUGGUGGAAGUAGCAAUAGCAACAGUAGCGCAGCUACUGAUCUCAAUCAAAACUUUGAGAAAAUUCUCUGCAAAGAAGAAUUUAUGUGCAUCGAUGAUGAGGAUGAAAUCGAUAACGAUGAUGAUAUCGAUGAUAUUGAAGAUGACGACGAUAGCAGCAAUAGCCCCCCACAUCUACGCAACCAUAGGCUCCAUCAAAUCCAUCGCAUGGACUCAUCCUCGUCAUCGUCCUUACUUAAAUUGCACGAAGAUGAGAGUGCCGCAAUGGUGCGAAUGCCCUUCAAUGCUCAUUAUCAAAGUUUAACCGAUCCCUUGGACUUGAUACCAUCUUCAAUAAUUGAUGUUAAAAAUCCUUUGCUAGCGGGUGGUAGAAAAAGUGAGAAUCUAGUAAGCAAUUUACGUUUGAAACGUAGCAACUCGCUCAGCAGGCUUGGUGGUGGAUUCACAUUUCACCCAGAUUCCUCAAUUGCUGUACACUAUAAUCAGCGUGACGGAGAAAUUAGUAUUAGAUCGUUCAAAGAGCAAUUUCGUUGUAGGAUUAAAUUCGCUUUAAAUCACCACCAUAAGCCUUUUCUUAAAGAAAUCUAUAAGAAUUUUAUUUUGACUGGACGCAUUGAUGGUAUCAAACCUCCUCAGAGAGCUCUUCCGGCGCUACCGCCGCCACCACCGUCGUCGUCUAAACCUGAUGAUGCCCCUCCUCUCAAGAAUAAUGAAGAAUCCCAAAUUACCAAUGUCGAAUCGAUAAGCAGAAUCUCAGCUGAUUUAAUUAUGCAACAACAACAACCUACUUACAAUAGUUCUAAACAUAUUCUAAACAAUAACAACAACAACACUAAUCUAAACGGGAUGUCAAUGCUUAUGUCUAAGGAGUACAAUAGCAACAGUAGAAACGACUUCUCGACAUCUAACUACAAUCAUCACCACCACCAUCAUCACCUUAACCAUCCGAAUCUCGAGGACAACAGCCAAACCACAAACACAGAAGACAGUUCUGAGGAUGCUACUAACCUAACUGGCGUUGGCAUGGAUACAAAUAGCAUGUCGGGCUCGAUUCUAAACAGUAUUGAAGAAGAUGAAAUCGAUUUGAUGUCUAUGGAGCACCAGCCGGUGCCAGGGCACAGUAUGAUGAUGCAACAACAGCAGCAGUUCUACGAUCAGCAGCAGAUGCUGCGUCGUCAAUUUGAUCAGAACACCCAUCAACCAGAACAGCUAAUGAUGAUGCAGCAGCAGGCAGAAUCGGUUCAUGAUAUGCUCGAUGACGAUGAUGAUGAGGAUGAAGCAAAGGAGUCAACUUCAAUGGAUCUAGACAAUGGGGGCAGUUCUGCUGGUCAAACAUCUUCAGGUGGGUCGGGCAGUAAAAAGGCGAAACCGUGCUAUAAUUGUCUGCAGUGCCCAAAAUCAUAUCGAAAGCGAAAAUCGCUGCUUGAUCAUUAUAAGAUACAUCCUGGCUUUUGUCAUGAUUGUGGCAAAGCUAAUGGUAACUCAUUAGAGGAAAUCAUUGAACAUAAUCGUACGGUGCACGCUAAAGAAUUUCCAUUCGUUUGCGAAACAUGCGGUGAAUCAUAUUCACGUCGUCAACAGUUCCACGCUCAUGUUGAAUCUCACAACAAAAAGGAGUUCAAAAUUUACACUUGUGUCGAAUGUGGUCAGAAGUUUCCUUCGAAAAAACUCCAUCUACAGCAUGUUGAGGAUACAGGUCAUAAAGCAGAUGGGGCUAUAUGCGAAGUGUGUGGCGCUGCGUUUCCCUCAAAGAAUGCUUUAUACCAGCACAUUAUUAAGUCGCAUAAAAAGGACAAUUUCUUUGAGUGUCACAUUUGUCAGAAUCGAUUUACGCUUAAAGCGAAUCUAGAACGUCACGUUCAAUUGCAUACGGAAAUCAAACGAACGUAUGUUUGUGAUUUGUGUGGCUCGUCGUACUUUACGUACCCGGCCUUGAAAGAUCAUUGUAGCAAUGCCCAUACUGACGCAUCUGAGUGUAAAUGCCCAUUGUGUGGUAAAAGAUUUGGUUCGGCGAAAUCAUUGCAACGCCAUUUACCAUCACACUCGGAGGAGAGACCACAUAGCUGUUGCUAUUGUGAACAGACGUUCAAGUGGAAAACUCAUCUUGUUCGCCACAAGCAGACCGCUCAUAGUAACGAGCCAGCGUCGAAGAUUAAAAAACGUUUUGCUAAAAGUGACGAGGAAUUGAUUCCGAUGGAUAUACCCGGACCACCACCGGCUAAAAUACCGAAAAAAUCCAAUUCGAGUAAACCAAAGCAACAAAAAGCAAUUGUAGUUACAAAUACCCCAACACCAAUGCCCACAAGUACAAUUCAGCAAUCAUCAAAAGAACAGCAGCAACAACAGCAGCAACAAUCGCAGCAACAACAAUCGCAGCCCCAACAACAACAACAGCCGCAACAGCUACAACAGCAACACCAACAACAACAGCAGGCACAUCAUCAACAACAACAACAGCAGUAUACAAACUCGAAUAGCAAUAGCAGCAAUAAUUCAUCAAUAUCACAUCAAAUGGGAGGCGGCGAAUCUCAACAAAAUUCAAUUUACAACCACAGCUUUAGCGCAGAGAAUCUGCUUGGACAACAGUGCAAUCAACCAACACCUCCGCCACAGCCGUUGCAACAACAGCAACAGCAGCAGCAACAUCAUCAACCGCAGCAGCAGCAACAACAAUUGCUGCACCGCUUGACACCAAAUGCAGACAACAAUCUAAUUGUACGUCUGAACAGCUUUAAUUCGGGUGCUGAAACACAGUUUCAUUUCGAUCAGAACACAGCGGGGGCAUAUCAACAGCAGCAGCAGCAACAACAACAACAACAGCAGCAACAGCUCAUUAAUCAAUACCAACAACAUCAACAACACAUGCGUAGCCAUACGCCACAAAGCCCACAGCAUCAGAGUCUUCAUCACCAACAGUUACAGCAGCAACAGCAGAAUGCACACUUUGCUCCUCCGCAUCAUAUGCUCCAUCAACAACACCAAUUGCACCAUCAACAAUCGCCUCACCAACAUCAUCGUCAACACCAGAGGUCUCCCCAUCACCACCAACAGCAGCAACAACAUCAGCAAUUGCAACAACAACAUCAACAAGCAUCACACUCUUCACCCCAACAUCAUCAACACACUCCGUUGCAAUCACCACAACCAGUGGGUGUGACAGUGGCAGUGCCACAGCCACCACCUCAGCAACAGCAGCAACAACAACCACCGCAAUCGCAAUCAUCACAUCAUCUUCACCAACAACAACAACAACAGCAGCAACAACAAUACCCAUGUGCCUCAAUUCAGCAGCCUCCGAAUCCAAACGAUUGGAGCAGUUUGAAUUUUACAUCAGCUAAUCCCACCAAUCAACAACAGCAGCAACAACAACAACAACAUCAACAGCAACGGAGUCCAGUAAUUGGUGGAGCCGGAGGAGCAGGAGGUAACAGUUUAGAGGAGAAGGACAACAAAUUCUAUUCGGUCAUACAUGUCGAUUCGACAGACUUCCUCGGUCUUCCAUUGAAUGUUACUCCAGCCGGACGGCAACAACCACCAACUGUUGGUGGUCGAGAUGGUAAUGGUGGUGGUGUAAAGCCAACUGGCCCACCGGCAGCACAUGAUCAAUCUGUUCUUAAUUCUGAUAUAAUUAAUUUUCAGAAUAUGUGGCCACAAAAUCCACAGCCACAACAAAUGGCAUUCAAUAAUGCCACUCAACAACCAGUGGUCGCACCAGGCUCUGCUGACCCACACAACUACAACAACAUUGGAAGUAUUCUAACCAAUUUAGACAUAAUCGGCAACAACAAUCCGAUGGAGUACAAUUUUGAAUUGUUGCCGCCACCACCACCACCGCAACAAACCAAUUCGCUUCCCGGCCCCCAACAACAACAACAUCAUCCAUAUGCGAGCGCAGCAGGUCUUCUGCGUCACACAUACGACUAUCCCAAUCACACCCUAACUGACAUAUCGGAACAAAAGAACUCCUUUCAAUCAUAUCACCAGCCAGUAGCGGUGGUUACUCCACCCUCAGGCUACGACCCACAACCGGUGCCCAGCAGUCGUGUCUACGGUCAGCAAGCGGACGAAACGAAAACAGUUCUGCCACCCAUUAGCGAGUACAUGCACCAUGCGGGUCUCCAACCGCCCCCACAAGAUGUCAAUCUUGUCUACUACCCAGUGAAAAAUGAAUAGUGGCGUUUUCAAAAAUUGUAAAAGAAAAUGAUAUUAAUUAAAAAAAAAACAACAACAAAAA